UGAAGAGACCUUUUCUCACCACCCCCGUGAUGGCCCAUGGUUCAUGGUGCCCGUUUGGUCGUUACGGCAAUUUGGACUCCAAUCACACCUCACUAGACUUGUGGCUUCUCGCUCCAGCUCUCGUCGAGUGAGCUUGUCUGUUCUGCCUCUUCUGUCUCUGCCCCUCCACUCCCUCGCCAAAAGCGACCCUGUCAUGGCAAUUUUCCCCCCAACCCGUUCGGUCCCGUCCAUCGCGUCCGCCAACCCCAGGCCUUCAGGGGAACGGGAACGGGGCCGUUGCCCGCUGUUAAGGUCAAGGUUUGGCAAGAUCUUCGAUAUGCCCUGGACGCGGACCCCAACUCCUCAACCAAUGGCUUUUGCAAGAGGUGCUCGAGUCCAGACUGUCUCAAUCUCACUGUGCCCCCUGCACCUUUAAACUCUCAUAUCACAAUUACGAAUGCCUGCCUCUGACGACCUUCCUAGCUUUUCAACAUCCUUCCCGUCUUGAUCACGGCUAUCUGGAUCCCCUGUUGGAAACCAACAGCCGCUAUCUGUCAGCUAAAGAGAGGACAUGUACCUGCUGUGAAGUCUUCGGGUCAGCAUUACUUCUUCUCGCGUCAACAAGCUUCUGUUAUAUACCUGAUUUCCUUUGAUACUGGCGGCCCUUUCCCACCCCGCGCUUUAUCCCCUGCCUCCUGCUUCCUCGCUCGUGACACGAAGAAAGCCGGUCAACUUUCUUCUACGCACCAACUGCGGAUGAUAGCAUACUAGCCAUGUCGUACAGAGAAACUCUGUGGCAAUAAAUGAGCACUUUCCGCUACCCACACCGAAUCUCCGCACACAGCAUAUUUUCAUAUGUACGGGCGUCAGAGUGGGAAGGACGGAAGAUAGGAAGCGUGGCGCGGAAAAUCGAUACCACUGGACCGGAUAUCGGACAAGCACUGUCAAGCAGGCCCACUGUCGCGACCGACCACCAGCUUUUUGCGACACAGAGACGUACGAAAUAUACAGGGACGAAAACCGAGCAGACGACCUCAAGAAAGAUCACGGGUCAAAAUGGUGGGCGGCAAUGUUCGUCCGUCACUCUUCAUUGUCACGGCUGCCGUGGCAUUAGCACCAUUGACAACGGCCAUCUUCACAACUGCUGGAUCACCAUGCGCUCAAUAUUGCGGCAACACUCUAGGAGCAACGGCCGGGGAUGAAACUGUGUGCACACAGGACGAAUAUGACAUGACCAACGCAGGAGCCGUGUACAAGGCGUGUAUGCAAUGCCAGAUGACGAGUGAAUACAGUCAAGGGAACGAGACAGAUGUCAAGUCAUUCCUAUAUAACCUCCGAUAUAAUCUUGCUUAUUGUCUGUGGGGUCAGCCACAUAAUCCCCAUCCAGAGGCUGGAAAUAACCCUUGCAUUACCAGUAAGGCAUGUGAGCCUCUCAAGGACUCGGUCUUAUGGCAAAAUAUGACCACCAGUACCGGCGCGUUUAGCUACUGUGAUGAUUGGGAUGACCAGGCCGUUACUCAGUGCAAUCAUUGUCUGGCAAAUUACGACGUGGGAGGGAACUAUCUGGUGAACUACGUCACUCUAUUGAACGCAUCCUGCACCCAAAGGCCCGAGGUAGGCUCAACCAUAUCCUUCCGCGGCGACCCUUUUGCCAACGAGUUCAACAAUGUCACCAUCACCGAGCCAGAGCCAAAGGGCCUCCCCCUGCCGGACUAUGGCCCGAUAUCUUUGGGCGCGCGUGUCGGCAUAGCCUUCGGUGGGCUUGCUCUCAUCCUGGCCAUUUUGGGCUUUGUCAUUGUUUGCAACGGAAAACGGCGAAGGCGCCGCUUUUUGCGUGAACUCCAAAGUCGCAAUGCCGGACAGGGAUGGCCUCAUCCCAAGACGAGGCAUGCGGGUCAUGGCGGCAGCGGCGGCGGGGAGAUUUCUGAGACACCUCUCAGCCAGAGGCCGCUCAGGGGGUGGGACGAGAGUCCCAUCAGCGCACAUACGGACGGACCGGCCCUGCCGCGGUAUUUCAGCCCAUACUCGAGCCAGUACAACAGUCCCGUCAGCGUAACAGACGGACUGCCAGCAUCGGGUAUGCAGUGGCCGGGCACGCACCAGCGGUUGGGCCAGAUCGAAGAGCGAUUAUCGCCCGCUGGCUCUUCGGUCGCAAACGGAGCCUCUCCGCCACCUCCACCCUUUUCUCAGUGGCCCAGCCCCAUCACGCAGCAGAGCAUGAUGGCACACUUGCAAAGCCAACAUGAGCAGCGGCAACGGGAGAUUGCAGUUGGCAUUGCGCUGGGUGGUGAAGACGCCAGUUUGCGAUCUAAGCCGUCAAACUCCAACUUAGGAUACGAGAGUAGCGGGAAGGGCAAGGGGCGAGAUGAGAUGUACGAGAUGCACGAGGUGGAGAGUCCCUACAAUAACAACAACACCGGCAACGCUGGUGGCGAUGGCGCAGGAGCGUACUACCAAAUGCCGGCUCAGCCUCAGGCACCGGUCCUGCAUCACCCGGGCUACGGAAGAGCUCAUGGAUCCAGGCCGGGCUCGAACGGGUCAGCAAAAAGUGCUCAGGGGGCGGGAACCGGCCUAGGAGUCAUGCAACAACAAUCCUUCCAGCAACACUUGCAACAGAAGCAACAGGAGAACGGAUGGACGGAGGUAGGAGUAACUAGGGGACAUGUGUCAUAACGCUCACCACCACCCAAACGGGUCAUGUUCAUUUCUUUUGUUGGCGAGGUCUACGGUUGGGACAAGUACAAAUACCCUGGAGUUCGGAUGGAGUUUGGGUGGGAAGGAAUCGAUGAUUGGGCCACGGGUAGCCUAUUUACGCACCGACGUCACAGAUGCUUUUCAUGGGCUGAUUUGAAGGCCCUGGAAGCACAAGUGCAAGCCAGGAUUGCUUCACCACUGUAGUCGAUUCGAGUGUUCGCAUCAAUGACAAUCAAAAGAUCAAAUUUGUCGAGUACUGUCUGGCCUGCCGCUUGAACAUCAUGUAGACACAAAGCCAGAACUGAUGUGAUCAUUGAACUUGGUGGUCUAGACAAGCGUAGGUAAGCAGAUACUGUGCCACGAAAUAGUACAUCACAAUGUUAAUUAGAUGCGUUCCAAGUAUCAGAACAGGUCGCGACG